AUGUCUUCUGGUGAUUCCUUAAGAAAGGAUUCUCAAAUUGAAGAAUUGGAAAUGGAAUCUUUAUCAAAACACCAUGGAGAUAACUCUUCAUCCAACAAUUCCAUCAAUCAAUAUCAAGGAUUCACUUCUGCUACAGCUAGAGAUGUUCAAAAUUUAGCAAGAAGUUUAACCCAUGAGUCAGCAGAUAUUGCCGGAAAUGAAGAUAAAUCUUCCUUAGGUUUGAUCAGAUACUUAUCCCAAAUGUCUCAGAUACCAGGUGUAUCUCCUUAUCAUAUUGAUGAAUUAAGUGCUGAUGAAAAAUUGAAUCCUGAUAGUGAUUCAUUCGAUGCUAAAUAUUGGGUUAAGAAUUUAAGAAAGUUAUAUGAUUCAGACCCAGAUUAUUAUAAACCAUCUAAAUUAGGUAUCGCUUAUCGUGAUUUAAGAGCUUACGGUGUGGCUGUUGAUUCCGACUAUCAAUCUACUGUUAGUAAUGCCAUUUGGAAAUUAUCCGUAGAAGGCUUCAGAGCAACUCAAAAGAAAGAUGAUUCUCGUUACUUCAAUAUUUUAAAAUCAAUGGAUGCCAUAAUGAAACCUGGUGAAGUCACAGUCGUAUUAGGUCGUCCUGGUUCUGGUUGUUCUACUUUAUUAAAAACCAUUGCUUGUAAUACUUAUGGAUUCCAAAUUGGUGAAGAAUCAAGAAUCACAUAUGAUGGUUUAACACAAGAAGAUGUUGAAAAAAAUCAUCGUGGUGAUGUUGUAUAUUCUGCUGAAACCGAUGUCCAUUUCCCACACUUAACCGUUGGUGAUACUUUAGAAUUCGCAUCCAAAUUAAGAACUCCACAAAAUAGAGGAAUGGAUGUUGACAGAGAAACAUAUGCUAAACACAUGUCUAGUGUAUAUAUGGCCACCUAUGGUUUAUCACACACUAGAAACACCAAUGUUGGUAAUGAUUUUGUUAGAGGUGUAUCUGGUGGUGAAAGAAAGAGAGUCUCAAUUGCUGAAGUAUCUCUUUGUGGUGCCAAUUUACAAUGUUGGGAUAAUGCCACUAGAGGGUUGGAUGCCGCUACUGCAUUAGAAUUCAUCAGAGCUUUGAAGACAUCUGCUACUAUUUUAGAAGCCACCCCAUUAAUUGCUAUUUAUCAAUGUUCACAAGAUGCAUAUGAUUUAUUCGAUAAUGUUGUUGUUCUCUAUGAAGGUUAUCAAAUCUUUUUCGGUAAGGGUGAUAAGGCCAAAGAAUAUUUCGCUAAUAUGGGAUGGGAAUGUCCACAAAGACAAACCACAGCAGAUUUCUUAACUUCAUUAACCAAUCCUGCUGAAAGAAUUGCUAGACCUGGAUUCGAAUAUAAAGUACCAAACACUGCUGUUGAGUUUGAAGCUUAUUGGAAGAAUUCACCAGAAUAUAGAGUAUUAGUGAAAGAAAUUGAUCAACAUUUUAUCGACGUGGAAGCUAAAAAUACUAAGCAAAUCUACCAUGAAUCUCAUGUUGCCCGUCAAUCCAAUCACAUUUCACCCAAAUCACCAUACACUGUUUCAUUCAUCAUGCAAGUUAGAUAUUUAAUGGGUCGUAACAUUCUUCGUAUGAAAGGUGAUCCGUCGAUUGCUAUCUUCUCUAUGUUUGGUAAUGGGGCUAUGGGUUUGGUGUUAGCGUCAAUUUUCUUCAACUUGAAGCAUGAUACAACUUCCUUCUAUUAUCGUGGAGCUGCAUUGUUUUUCGCCGUUUUAUCCAAUGCUUUUGCAUCCAUUUUGGAAAUCAUGUUAUUGUUCGAAGCCAGACCUAUUGUUGAGAAACAUAAGAAAUACGCCCUUUAUCGUCCUGCAGCUGAUGCUUUGGCAAGUAUCAUUACAGAUUUACCUACCAAGAUUUUUGUCGCUCUUGCUUUCAAUAUUCCCUUCUACUUCAUGAUUAAUUUCAGACGUGAGGCAGGACGUUUCUUUUACUUUUUAUUGAUGUGUUUCUUAUGUACUUUGGUCAUGUCUCAUAUUUUCCGUACCAUUGGUUCUGUUACUAAUUCAUUAGCAGGUGCUUUAACUCCUGCUUCUGUUAUCUUAUUGGCUAUGAUCAUUUAUACUGGAUUUGUGGUUCCAACUAAUAAAAUGUUAGGAUGGUCCAAAUGGAUUCAUUACAUCAACCCAGUAGGAUACAUCUUUGAAUCAUUAAUGGUGAAUGAAUUCCAUGGUCAAGAAUUUGUAUGUUCAACACUUAUUCCAAGUGGACCUGGUUAUGAAAAUAUUCCACUUAGUGAACAAAGUUGUAGUAUUGUUGGAUCAGUGGCUGGUAAUGAAUAUGUCCUGGGUACUGAAUAUUUAAGUCAAAGUUAUCAAUAUUAUAAUUCACAUAAAUGGAGAAACUUUGGUAUUACUUUAUCUUUUGCUAUUUUCUUUUUGAUCGUAUACAUAUUUUUGUCUGAAUUCAAUAAAGGUGCUAUGCAAAAGGGUGAAAUUGUUUUAUUCCUUAGAGGAUCAUUGAAGAAGCAUAAGCAACAAAGACAACUCCAAAAAGAUAUUGAAAAUAACAAUACUGAAAAAGUUCCACUCAGAGAUCAUUUAGAAUCAACUAAAGAAGAAGGCAAAGUUAAUGAUAAUAGUUUGCCAUCCUCAAAUGAUAUUUUCCACUGGAGAGAUUUAACUUAUCAAGUUAAGAUCAAGAAAGAAGAUAGAGUCAUUUUGAAUCAAGUUGAUGGAUGGGUCAAGCCAGGACAAAUCACUGCUUUGAUGGGUGCUUCUGGUGCUGGUAAGACCACAUUAUUGAAUUGUUUAUCGGAAAGAGUUACUACUGGUAUUAUCACCGAUGGUGUUAGAAUGGUCAAUGGACACUCAUUAGAUAGUUCAUUCCAAAGAUCUAUUGGUUACGUCCAACAACAAGAUUUACAUUUACCAACCUCAACAGUCAGAGAAGCAUUUAGAUUUUCAGCUUACUUGAGACAACCAGCUUCCGUUCCAAUUUCCGAAAAGAAUGAUUAUGUUGAAUACAUUAUUGAUUUAUUAGAAAUGACUGAUUAUGCAGAUGCUAUUGUUGGUGUUCCUGGUGAAGGUUUGAACGUUGAACAAAGAAAGAGAUUGACUAUUGGUGUUGAAUUAGUUUCCAAACCUAAAUUAUUAUUAUUCUUGGAUGAACCAACUUCUGGUUUAGAUUCGCAAACUGCUUGGUCUAUUUGUAAGUUGAUGAGAAAAUUAGCCGAUCAUGGACAAGCUAUUUUAUGUACUAUCCAUCAACCAUCAGCGUUAUUAUUAAAGGAAUUCGAUAGGUUAUUAUUCUUACAAAAAGGUGGUAGAACUGUUUAUUUCGGAGAUUUAGGUGAUGAAUGUAGCACAUUGAUCAAAUACUUCGAGAAGUACGGAGCUGAUCCUUGUCCAGCCGAAGCUAAUCCAGCUGAGUGGAUGUUACAAGUUGUUGGAGCUGCUCCAGGUUCUCAUGCUAAACAAGAUUAUUUUGAAGUUUGGAGAAAUUCAGAUGAAUAUCAUUCCAUUCAAUCCGAAUUAGAUACCAUGGAAACUGAAUUAGUACACUUACCAAGAGAUACAUCUCCAGAAGCUCAUUUGAAAUAUGCUGCUACAUUAUACAAACAAUAUUUGAUUGUGAGUUGGAGAGCAUUUCAACAAACUUGGAGAUCGCCAAAUUAUAUCUAUUCAAAAUUAUUCUUAGCAAUUUCAUCCUCUAUCUUUGUUGGUUUUUCAUUCUUUAAGGCUAAUAAUUCGAUUCAAGGUUUACAAAAUCAAAUGUUUGCUAUUUUCAUUUACUUCAUUAUUUUUACUACUUUAAUUCAACAAAUGCUUAUUUCAUAUAUUAGACAAAGAGAUCUUUAUGAAGUUAGAGAAGCGCCAUCCAGAACUUAUUCAUGGUUUGCAUUCAUUACUGGUCAAAUUACCUCUGAAAUUCCCUAUCAAAUAGCAUGUGGUACCAUCUCAUUUUUCUGUUGGUAUUAUCCUGUUGGAUUAUAUAGGAAUGCGGAACCAACAGAUCAAGUUCAUUCACGUGGUGUUUUGAUGUGGUUAUUAAUCACUGGAUUUUAUGUAUUCACAUCUACCAUGGGUCAUCUUUGUUUAUCAUUCAAUGAAAUCCCCGACAAUGCAGGUAACUUAUCAACAUUUUUAUUCACCAUGUGUACCAAUUUCUGUGGUGUUUUAGCUGGACCAGAAUUUUUCCCAAGAUUUUGGAUAUUCUUAUAUAGAUGCAAUCCAAUGACAUAUUUAAUGCAAUCAAUUUUAUCCACUGGAUUAGCCAAUACUCAUGUUUUGUGUGCCAAAGAAGAAUUUUUACAUUUCCAUCCUCCAAGUGGACAGACUUGUGGUGCUUAUAUGCAACCAUAUAUUGAUACUUUUGGAGGUUAUUUAACUGAUGUCAAUGCUACAGAUGCUUGUUCAUUCUGUAGAAUGGAUUCUACAAAUCAAUAUUUGGCUACUGUUAAUUCAUAUUUUUCUCAACGUUGGAGAAAUUUCGGUAUUUUUAUGGCAUUUAUUGUCAUCAAUAUCAUUUUGACUAUCAUUUUAUAUUGGCUUGCUAGAGUUCCAAAAGGAAACAGAGAACAAAAGAAGGCUAAAAAAGAUUAG